AUGAGACUCGGGAGCCUAGCGACCAAGUCCCGGGUCUCCAAGGAGACGAAGCUCCGGCUGCGCGUGAUCUUCCUGGAUGACAGCGAGCGCACGUUCGAGGUAGAGCAAAGGGUUUUAGGCGCCGACUUCUUCAAUAAAGUGUGCGGACAUCUGAAGCUGCUGGAGAAAGAGUACUUCGGACUGGAGUUCAGACACCACAGCGGGAACUACGUGUGGUUAGAGCUGCUGAAGCCGCUGGUCAAACAGAUUAAAUACACCAACGAUCUCUUCUUCAGGUUUAUAGUAAAGUUCUUCCCACCAGAUCCUGGACAACUGAAAAGAGGCCUCACCAGGUAUCUUUUUGCCUUACAGAUAAAGCAGGAUUUGUCCAACGGCAGUCUGACCUGUCAUGACAACAGCGCCGCCCUGCUGGUUUCUCACAUACUGCAGUCAGAGCUAGGGGACUUUGACGAAGAGCUGGACUGUCACCACUUAGAGAUGAAGCAGUACGUCCCCAACCAGGAAUAUCUAGACCACAAGAUCAUCAAGUUUCACAAGAAACACAGAGGUGCAUCUCCAGCGGACUCCGAUAUCCACCUGCUGGAGGUGGCAAGGAAGCUGGACAUGUACGGGAUCAGGCCUCAUGCCGCCCACGACGGGGAGGGAAUGAGGAUCAACCUGGCCGUCACGCACUCUGGAGUACUGGUCUUUCAGGGAAACACCAAAAUCAACACGUUCAGCUGGGCAAAAAUCCGCAAGCUGAGCUUCAAGCGCAAAUACUUCCUCAUCAAACUACACGACAAAGUUGGGCCGUCUUGUAAGGACACACUAGAGUUCUCGAUGGCCAGUCGAGAUGUGUGUAAGUCCUUCUGGAAGACCUGCGUAGAGUACCAUGCCUUCUUCAGACUGGCAGAGGAACCGAAGACGAUACAAAAAACCCUGCUGUCCAGUAAGGGCUCCAGCUUUAGAUACAGCGGACGGACGCAAAAACAGCUGCUGGAGUGUAUGGGAUCAGGGGAGAAGAAGCCUUCGCACUUUGAGAGGACCUACUGUCAGUCAGACUACGAUCCCAGACAGUGUCGCUCCUCUCCGGAUCUCCUCACGGACGUCUCCAAACAAUUGUACGAGCACUCCUACCCGUAUCCUCGUUCGAGUCACGCCUUGGCGGUCCGCAGUCAGGAUGAGUUGGACCCACAUCACCGAGGUGUAGACGACAUCGAAAUCGGUGGAGGAGGGGCUAGACGCAGUCAAUCGUCCGGUGAGGUAACCCAGAGGAUGCGCCCUCUCUCACAAGUCGCUCCCCAUUCUCAUUCCCUAAGCGCCUCGCCCAAGAUGAGAUCUGCCUCCACAUCUGUGGUGGAGGACACGAGGGGGGGACGGAUCGCGGGGCAGCGCCAAGCACAAAGGCUAGCCGGUGUCUACGGCAACCGGUCACGCCGUCGACCCAAUCCCCAACCGCAUCCGGAUGCUGCUCAGCAGUUGGUUCUUCUCUACCCAAACAGUCCGGCGUACCAGUAUCACCCCAUCCUCCCGACAUUCUCAUUAGCCGGUUCCUCGCCUCUCAGCCGACACCCUUACCUGACAGACUACGUCGCCGUUUCCUCACUGGAGCGUUUCCCGCAGGCGAGGAGGCGGGAUUAUGUGACAAUGGAUGGCCUGUCGCGGCCGUCUUUCUACCCACUGAGCCACGAUUCGCCGUCCCACUCACCAAUCAGGAGGAACCUGCGUCCCUCUGGCUCUAGCGGGCUUGGAUUGGCGAGGGUUUAUCAGCCAGGAAGCAAUGGAGCAAGGCUACUGGGUGUCGGCCAUACGGAGGCAGGGCAUUACAGCGAUGACUCCAACUUCCUCCCAGGGUUGCCUCGCCGUGUAGCUAGCCAACCAGAUGUCAAGUUUCACCUAUCGAGGGGCUCUAACCCCGCCUCUGAGUUCCGUCCCCUUGGUUACUACCCUCAUCUGACACGCCCCUCCAGACCCACCUACCUCCCUCUAAACUCCUCCCCUCUGCCCGAACGACCCACCUCGCUAUGCAUGAUCGGCGGCACCACGGGAAGCUACAGUGACUCCGACUCGGAGGUUUUCUAUCCGUAUUACUGCCCCCCACCCCCGCUGGGGAAACUGGCACGGCCCGCCGGACUAGCCAGGAUGAGGUUUUCCUCUGGGAGCCUCCAAUUGGACGAGGAGGAAGAAGAGGGGGAGGAGGAAGAGGAGGAGGAUGGAGCGGUGAAAGAAAAGAAAGAGUUAAAAAGUGAAGAAGAGAAGAAAGAAAAGAAAAGAGAUGAAACUAAAGGUGCUGCAAAGAUUACUGAAGUCACACUGUAG